AUGCCUGUCCUCUACAAUGACUUAUCCAUAAACGACUCUCAUAUCCAUACGAGACAGUCGUCGAGUCUCUUCGAUGUCUCCCAUAUGUUGCAAAUGCAGGUCAGAGGCAAAGAUCGCAUUGAAUUCAUGGAAAGCCUAACCGUCGCUGACAUCCAAGGAUUAGCCGAAAAUACCGGAACUCUUACUCUCUAUACUAAUGAAAACGGAGGUAUUAUUGAUGAUCUGAUUGUCACCAAAACAGACAAAGAUUUUCUGUACGUCGUCUCAAAUGCCGGACGUAUUGACGAAGACUUAAAACAUGUCACAACUCAUUGCCAAACAUUCAAAGGCAAAGGCAAAGAUGUAUCAAUAGAGAUAUUGGCCCGUGGUCUUUUGGCACUACAGGGCCCACAAUCGGCCAAAUGCUUGCAAUCGUUAGUUAGCGUUGAGUUAUCAAAAUUGAAUUUCAUGUCAUCAGUGGUGACGAGUGUUUGCGGUGUCGAUGACUGUCGGAUCACACGAUGCGGUUAUACAGGAGAGGAUGGCUUUGAGAUAUCGGUUCCCACCGAAAAAGCUGUUCUCGUGGCCAACACUUUGCUCACAUCGUCUAAGGGUGUGAUCCGAUUGGCGGGUUUGGGCGCGAGAGACACACUUAGACUCGAAGCCGGUCUUUGUCUUUAUGGUAACGAUAUUAACGAGAAGACGGGUCCGAUCGCAGCCUCCCUUACGUGGACUAUAGCUAAAAGACGUCGACAAACGGCUGACUUCAUUGGCUCUCAAAUUAUUUUAAAGCAACUUAAAGAUAAGCCUAAAGAGCGAAGAGUGGGAUUGCAUGGACUGACAUCAGGUCCGCCCGCGAGAGCGCACUCUUCAGUAUUAGACGCCAAUACAAAGGAACCGAUCGGUGAAGUGACGAGUGGUUGUCCAUCGCCUUCACUCAAGAAGAAUAUAGCGAUGGCUUACUUACCGAUGUCUCACAAAAUUGGUUCAAAAAUAUAA